GGGUGCAGGAGAUGUGUGUCGAGAAAUGAGUCCAUGGCUUUGGUGUUCGCCACAACAGCUACAGAGACUGACGCAAGCUAGCGGAGGCAGGGGGACUGGCACGGAGCAGAACAAGCUCCUCAGCAGACAAUUGGAACAGGAAGCAAGGAAGGAAAGGGUCUUUCACCCGGAGGAAGACUGGCAAACACAUUGGGAUUGUGACAAGACAGCCACACAGUAGCUCCAGAGACCACCCAUUGUCCACAGAGGAUCAGAAGAUGAACAACACACUGUCAAACACUUCCAAGUGUGUUCGGGAUACCAGUCUCACAGCUGUGAUUUUCCCCUGCCUAUACAGCAUUCUCUUUGUAGUCGCCCUGAUACUCAAUUCCCUGGCUGCAUGGAUCUUCUUCAGCAUCCCCAGCUCCUCAACGUUUGUGGUCUUUCUUAAAAAUGUGGUGGUGGCUGACCUGCUGAUGACCCUGACCAUCCCUCUGAGAGUCUUAAGUGAUGCGGGCGUGGGUCACUGGCAACUACGCGCCUUCCACUGCCGAUACUCCGCCGUUCUCUUCUACAUCACCAUGUACAUCAGCAUCCUCUUGCUGGGCCUCAUUAGCCUGGACCGCUACCUGAAGAUAGUCAGGCCCCCCGGGAAGUGUGCCCUGCAGCGGGUUCGUGUUGGUCAGGUGCUGAGUGCUGCUGUCUGGGCAGUCAUGUUGUCUUUAGCACUACCCAACGUCAUCCUAAGUGACCAGCCGCCAAAGGUCUCUGGAGGCAGACUGAAGUGCACCUCCAUGAAGAGCAAAGCCGGCCUUCUCUGGCAUGAAGGAUUCAACUACUUCUGUCAGGUGGUUUUCUGGGGCACGCUGGCCUUGAUGGUGGUCUGCUACACGUUCAUCAGCAAGAAGGUUUAUGAGUCAUACAAAGCCUCAAAGAUCAAAUCUCGAGCAGUCAGUCGCAGAACCAAGGCAAGAGUUUUUGUGGUGGUGGGGGUGUUUUUCAUCUGCUUUGCCCCGUUUCACUUCGCCCGCGUUCCAUACACUCUGACACAAACUGGCAGCAUGGUUAGCCAUUGCCAGGCCCAGAAUGCUUUGUACAUCGCAAAGGAAACUACCCUGUGGCUCUCGGCCACUAAUGUGUGUCUGGACCCGCUUAUCUAUGUGUUCCUGUGUAAGGUGUUUAGUAAAAGACUCGCAGCUGCUAUCUGCUGUAAGCCACUCCACACAGGUGCCGUAGAUUCUCACACAGCAACAUCAACUCAAAUGGAGAUGUCACAGAUUGGCCAAAGUAACGGACUGGCAUAUAAUGGGCUGCCACAGCAACACGCUGAACAAUAUACAAUGGAAAAAUAAUAACUGUAAUUGUCAAGGCUUGACGAAACACUGGCUGAAAGUGUAUUUUAGUUGUAAAUAGCUUUUGUUUUUAUCGUGAUGACACCGGUUUUUAAAAAUCUAAAAUUAAUUAAUGUGAGUAGAUCCAAAUCUGUUGAAUGGGCAAUGCUACGUUGAUGUAAAAAAUAUGCAAUUAUGUCUGAAGGUGGUCAUGAACUUUCAUGCCAAUAAUGACAACUGUUUUUUAUUUUUAUACAGAACUAACCAAGCACUUCUGUCCCAUGUUUUGCAAAGUCAUCCAACACAUUUCCUUAAGUGUCCUUACUGUCAUCAUCAACUUCCUCCUCUCCUCUAAUCUCAUUCAAACUGCACAUUCCCCAUGCAAAACUUUGGCAAGAGGGUAAAAUCUUGGCAGCACAUAUUCUCUUUUACACCACACACCCAAUGUGAUCAGGGACCGAAUGAUAACAAAAUGCGGACUGCAAUAGAUACUGCUUAAAGCUAAAACUUGUGUGCAAUAUGAAUAACAAUAGUAAUAAAAUUCACAAUCGCAUGGCUUUCAACUUUUAUGCUGGAGGUUUGACUUUUUACAUGUUGUUAUUUUAAAGCGAUUGCUGUGUGGAGUUCACUGUGCAGCAAAGGCAGCCAACAGAAACUACAGACUAACAUCGCAGAUUUGGUUUUGAUAACGCUGAGUGUAACCAAACCUAAAAAUGCUCAGUGAAGCUGUUAGCAAAUGCACCAUGUUGCAGUAGCUUUACUGAGUCAUACAUUUUUUAAUUGAACAAGAGAAUAUAACAAUAGAAUAUAUAAUAGAAUAGAAUAACUUGACCUUUUCAAACUGCAAGACCUCUGUUAAGAUAAUUAUUUAUCAGGAUAUGAACAUAAAUAUUUAAGGUGAUAGCCUUAGAUAGCCCAGAUAGCUCAGUUAGUAGAGUGGGGGGGGCCAUAAAGGUUUACUCUUCAAAGCAAGGGGUCCCGGGUUUGACUCCGACCAGCAGCCCUUAGCUGUCAUUCCCCCCUCUCCCCUUUCAUGUCUUCAGCU